AUGGACGUGAAUUUCUUGGGCCUGAGACCUGAGAUCUGUGUGCACUACCAGCAGCAGCAGCCAUCGGGGCUCCGGCCAGAAGAAUCUAUGCCAGUUUAUUCACUCAAGGAGGGCCCCUUCACACAGGUGAAGGCUCUCUGGGAGCAGAAAGGAAUGGGUCCCUUCACACACGUGAAGGCUCUCCGGGAGCAGAAAGGAAUGGGCCCCUUCACACAGGUUUUCCUUCAUCCCUCUCCAGAAGAGGAGAGGAAACACAGGAAGAAACGCCUGGUGCAGAGCCCCAGUUCCUCUUUCAUGGAUAUCUCCAGGAGAACCCUGCCGGUGGCACUGCUGAGAGACGAGGUCCCAGGGUUGUUCCUGAAAGUGCCUGAGCCCCAACUUAUGAGCAAGGAGCUGGUCAUGCUGACAAAAGUCAUGGAGCUCUGGCAUGGCUUAGUGAUUGCGGCGGUGUCCCUCUUCCUGCAGGCCUGCCUCCUCAUCGCCUUCAGCUGCCUGCUCAGCAGGCACAUGGCCCACCAGAGUGAACAGAUACUAAAAGCGACCAGGCUCCAGGUCCCCAGGCCCAGCCCUGUCUGCCAUCAUCCACCUGCUGCCAAAGAGAUGGAGACUCAGACAGAGAUGGACGCCCUAAUGUCUGAUCCCUGUUUCAGGCAUGACAGCGACACAUCCUUAGAUAGCUCAGAUGGUUCCUGCAGUUCGCCUCCCGUCUGCCAGGCCACCAACCACAUGGAUUACACACAAGUCAUCUUUUCGGCCCCUGGAGAACUAAAAGAUGACUCUGCCCUGGACUAUGAGAACAUAAAGGAAGUCACAGAUUAUGUCAAUGUCAAGCCAAAAAGCCACAAGCCCAGUUUCUGGAAUUUUGUCAACCCUGCUCUGUCUGAGCCAGUGGAAUACAGUCAAGUGGCCAUGUGAAUUCCGGCUGUUUUUAAUGGGGUCCAGUUCUCUAUGGAUUCUUACCUUUAAUUUGUAGAGGAACGCCAUUUUUCCCCUUAAACAAAGCAUGGGGCUCCCAAGGCUAUGGAGACAGGCAAAAAGAAUGUGGAGAAGAAAACCAACAAUACACAGAAGUCCUCAGCACCCGUGGCCUCCCGGUCUGCACCCAAUAAAGGCUGUUCAUCGCUCAAAAACCCAAAACAAGGCUUAGGUGGGAAAACAGGCCUAUGCCCCGGCAAGAAAGAUUCAGAUCAGAUGGAUGUUAGGAGGAACUUUCAGUUAAGAUAUGAGAACUGUGGAGUCCGUCUGCAGAGUUAGUGGUGAAGUCUCUCCCCAGGGAAAAUUUUAAAAAGUUUAAUCAGCUGUGGUAGAGUUCUUUGUGGCAAACACGUGGUUAAAUGACUUAUCUUUGAGCACUUUAAUUAUUGGCAAUAAACAACUUCUUUAAAAGUUUUAAAUAAAAUAGCAACUACCAACCAGUUCCUCUUU